AUGGAAGGUCUUCCUGAGCUUCGAGUGCUCGUCUUGAAGUCUAACAAGUUUGAAGGUAACAUGUCGCACCCUUCACUAAGCAACCUUCCAUUUCCUAAGCUGCAAGUUUUAGAUAUAUCAGAGAACGAAUUUGUGGGCUCUCUACCUCAAAGAUAUUUCAAGAGUUUUAGAGCAAUGAUGGAUGUAAAGGAAAAUCAAACAGAUGGAUAUUAUGACCCAUUUCAAAAAUAUUUGGAGAUGAGAAUCACUUUGAAAGGUCUCGAUCAAUUAUUGAAGAGACUAUUGGAAGCCUUUACAAUCAUUGACUUAUCCUCCAACAAUUUCUCUGGCAGUAUUCCAGAUUCCAUAGGUAAUCUGAAUUCUUUGAGAUACUUGAAUUUGUCGCACAAUAAUCUCAUGGGACACAUACCUGCAUCUCUUGGAAAUAUAAAUGUGCUUGAAUCAUUGGACUUGUCAUCGAACAAAUUGGAUGGAGGUAUUCCAAGUGAACUGACAAGCUUGACAUUUCUUGCGAAAUUAAACCUUUCAAUGAAUGAUCUCGUGGGGCAAAUACCACAAUCUACUCAGUUUUCCACAUUUGAGAAUGAUUCAUACGUGGGAAACUUGAGAUUGUGUGGAUUUCCGUUGACGAGAAAAUGCAACGAGGAGAAUGGGCAGCGGAUGCAGCCAGAAGAACAAGAUGACGAAGAUGAUGAUUAUGGAUUUAUAGAUGGAUUUGGAUGGAGAAGUGUGGUGAUGGGAUAUGGAAGUGGAAUCAUAGUUGGGAUUGGAAUUGGUUGUUGCAUUAUUCGAUUUGGAAGGCCAAGAUGGUUGGUGGAAUUCUUUUUUGGUGUUGGAUAUACAUACAAGAAGAACAAGAAGAAGACAAGGAAGAGAGCUACUCCAACACAGAGGAGAAGUUGA